CCCGGCAGGAGCCGGGCGGGCUCAUUCUCGCCUCAGCCGUCUCGUCGUUGUGGUCGCGGGAGCUACGGCGGCGCUAUGGGGGCCUCAGAUUCUUUCUUGUCUUCCUACGCCGGCCUCUUCUACUGGGUCGGGGUGUCGAGCGUCGCCUACUUCGUGUGGCUGCAGCUUCAGCGCGUACUUUAUGCCGUCCGCCUGUGGGUGCUGGGCGACCCGGCGGCGGUGGGCCCGCACCUGGGCGCGUGGGCAGUUAUCACAGGAGCUACUGAUGGAAUUGGAAAGGCGUAUGCAGAAGAGUUAGCAAGGCGUGGAAUGAAGGUGGUUCUUAUAAGCAGAUCUCAGGAAAAAUUGGAUCAGGUUGCCAAGGAAAUAAGAGAGCGGUUUAAGGUGGAAACGAAAACCAUUCCUGCUGAUUUUGAAGAUCGUGAAUCUAUUUACAAAAACAUAAAAGCAGGCCUGGAAGGUCUUGAGAUUGGUGUGCUAGUAAAUAAUGUGGGUAUUUCAUAUACUUAUCCUGAAUUCUUCCUUGAGAUUCCAGACCUAGAUAAAACAAUUGACAGGCUGGUGAAUAUUAAUAUCUUAUCUGUGUGCAAGAUGACACGAUUGGUGCUGCCCAGCAUGCUGGAAAGGUCCAAGGGAGUUAUAGUAAACAUUUCCUCUUUUUCUGCGAUUAACCCAACUCCAUUGCUGACUGUGUAUUCCGCAACCAAGGCUUUUGUUGAUUACUUCUCUCAAGGUCUCAGUGCAGAAUACAAAAAGAAAGGUAUCAUUGUGCAGAGCGUUCAGCCAUAUUUUAUAGUUACAAAAAUGACCAACAUCCGUAAACCAUCAGCCUUUAAACCCACUCCUAAAGACUAUGUAAAAUAUGCCCUCAACACCGUUGGUCUUGAGACACAAACUGCUGGAUGCCCAACUCAUGCAUUGGUGACCUGGUUUAGCAGGCUUGUGCCCCAGUGGUAUUUCACAAAGAUGGCGCUUGACACGAACAUAAAACUGAGAGCUCGUUAUUUGAAGAAACUAAAGGGGAACUGAGUUGCAUCAUCAUGACCAAUUGGUUGGUAGUUCUGUGGAUACAUUGAGGAGCGAAAUACUGGUCAUAUCUUAAAGUUCUUUCAAAUGGGAUUUUCUUUUGGGACCACAGUCCAGCGUGAACAAAGAGAAAACUGAGGAGCAUGGAAAAGGCAACCAGCAACUUGUUGAUUUUGUUUGUUGUUGUUCUGCAUUAUUGUUUUAGAAUGUGCUUUUUCGAUGUGACUUGAAACAGUAAUGGAUACUUGUAGUUACUAGCUUUACUAAAAUGCACUUAACACCAACAGAUGUU